AUGAAAAAGGAGUGUGUUUCGAGAUCUUUCAAACUCAAACAAAACCCUGGCUCCCUCUCGCGUGCUGUAAGCUGGAUAAAUUUCUCCUCCUUGUCAAGGCAGACAAAGAGAUUGUUUCGCAGCGAUGGUGAACUCUCCUCCAUGUGCGUGCAGCAGGUAGACGACGAUGAUGAGAACUGGACCUACAGGAGCCAGCAGAGAAAAGCGGUUUCCAACCUAGAUGAAGAGAGUAGAUGGACUGUGCACUACACCGCUCCGUGGCACCAGCAGGAAAAUGUCUUCCUGCCCUCCUCAAGACCACCUUGUGUGGAGGACCUGCACCGACAAGCCAAGCUGAACCUCAAGUCAGUACUGAGAGAGUGUGACAAGCUGCGUCGGGAUGGCUACCGGAGCUCACAGUACUACUCUCAGGGCCCUACCUUCUCCUCGUCCUCCAGCGCAAUCUGUGGAAGUUACCAGGAUGAUUAUGAAGAAAUUGAACAAAAGUGUCCCGUCUCUUCCUCAGAAGAAGAAAAGCUUAUUACCAUCAAAAGGCCUAAAACUCCAGUUUCAAAUGAGUUAUCAGAUAUUAACACCCAAACCAACUGGACUAAGUCACUCCCAUUGCCAACGCCAGAAGAGAAAAUGCGACAACAAGCCCAGGCAGUGCAAACAGAUGUGGUUCCUAUUAAUGUGACUGCAGUUGGCACUGGCCAAAGUGAUUUCCGAGGGCAUUCGAUGUAUGUCCCAGAUCACUGUUCCACGCUAGGGAGACUAGACAGCUAUCGCUCUGCUAUGCAGCGCUCUGAAACCAAGGACACCAGCUGCCAGACGGAGGAAGUUAAAGUUGUGCCCCCUUCGAUGAGAAGAAUACGCGCGCAGAAAGGACAAGGCAUUGCAGCCCAGAUGUCUCAGUUCUCCAGUUCAUCUGGAAACAUGUCAGUGAUGAGUGAUUCUGCUGCAGUUAUAUUUGCUUCUCGCCAAAACAGCGACAUAGGUUUUCACAGCUUGCCUCGGGCUGGUGCGAGAGUGUCUCUGCAGUCCCUAGAGCAGACACAGAGCAUCUCUAGGCAGACAGAAGACAUCGCUGGCACUUUACCCCACCAGAUAAGUAAAUUGCAAGUGGAUGAUAGCGUCGUGCAUCUGAGGAAUAAUCCCACGACGGGGACCCUGUCAAGGCCAAAGUCUCAAGAGGUGAGAAGCUAUGAUAGCGAAAAGUCCGCAAGCCCAGCAUGUGUGGUCUCUCCUCAUGCUACCUACUCAACAAGCAUCAUACCCAAUGCAACACUGUCAUCCUCCUCAGAAGUUAUCGUUAUUCACACUGCCCAGAGUGCUGGUUCAUUGGAUAGUAAAAUCACCAGCUCCACUGCCUACCCAAAGCCAAGAGACAAUCCUGUUGCCAGCAGUGCAGUAAGUGGGAAAGAAGAUCACCAUUCUUCAAGCGGUAACUGGAGUGAGAGUAGCUCCACACGUCACUCACAGACUUCAGAUACCAUCCCAUCUAAUACUGUCAUGAUGCUUUCUCUUGGUGACUCUGCUGUCUCUCUUAGCACUCCUGGAAAUGCGGAGUCUGGGUCUCAGAGCAUCAGCUACAGCUGUAGGAACAAUCUUGCUUUACCAAACCCUUCCCAGGACAGCGAUGGUAGGAGUGAAUCUAGCUAUUCAGGGGAGCGAGCACAAGCAGCAGUGAGCAGCACAGAGCAUUGGCUGUACAAGUCUGCAGAAAACAGUGAGACUCCUUCAUGCAAGGUGGUUUGUACCACACCAGGCUGUGCCACUCCCGGCAGCAACCUGAGCAGCAGCAGCCUGGAGAGGACUUCGGUCAGGGACGAUUCUACCUCUCUGUAUUCUGUGGACCACGAUGGUUAUUACGGUUCCGUGCAUAUGGACUCGGGACUGAAGUCAGAUAUGCCAUGCAAUAGUACUAAUGGUUUUGGGAACCCCAGAGACAGCGUGAUAAAUGUCUUUGAAGGAAAGGAGAAGAAACAUCAGGAUGACCAGUCAGGCCAAGGUGAGAAAUCCCUUGCAAGAAACAUCUCUCUGAAAAAGGCAAAGAAGCCACCUUUGCCACCAUCCAGAACAGACUCGCUCAGAAGGUUGCCCAAGAAAAAAGCCCAGUCUAAUGGACAGGUACUUGAUGAAACCCUCAUUGCCACCCUCCAGCAUUCUCUGCAGCUGAAUCUCAAGUGCAAAAAUGGCAGCUCCCCUUCCCAGAGCCCCUGCAGUGAUUAUGAGGAUCCCUGGGUGUUGCGCUCCCGCAGCCAAAGCUCGGUCAGUGCAAGCAGUAGCAUGAUGUCCACCACUGCUCCAAACCUGUACUCCAUCUGCACAGUCACUCCCUCUCAGAGUGAAACAAGUAGCAUCAAGUCGGAGUACGCCGACCAGUGGGGUUACUACAGCGACUAUGCCGCAGUGACAGAUGACCAGGUAAAAUCCUCAGUGACCCAUUCUGCCAGUACAUCAUCUGCUCUCAGCGAUUACAGCAUCAGCCACUUCAGUGAUGGCUCAAGGGCUUCUGUGCCACAAGUGCCCAGUGGACUGGCCAAACCAAAGAGCACUUCUCCAGAGAAAUCCCACCGAGUCACGUCGCCGUCGAGUGGGUACUCCAGCCAGUCCAAUACACCCACUGCGCUUACUCCAGUGCCUGUAGUUUUAAAAUCUGCAUCAUCAGGAAAUGGGAAGUCCAAGCUGAAGCCUAAAGUGCCUGAAAGGAAAUCCUCUCUUCUGUCUUCAGUCUCCAUGUCUUCAUCCUCCACUUCUCUUUCUUCGAAUACAUCUACUGAAGGGAGCGUGAGUGUGAAGAAAUUGGACCCCACCCUGAGCUCUCCUCCGGAUUCUGGAGCACCUCCGCCAACACCUCCUCUUCCAACACCUCCUCCGCAUUGCCCCGAACUUUCUCCUCCCCCUCCGCCUCCUCCUCCUCCUCCGGCAGAAGUCAUGGAUCUGUCAUCAUUGCCAGCCUCUCCCACGUUCCCCCCUCCUCCACCAGAAGCUGAUGUAAAUUCUUCCUUUGCCCAGACUGUCCCGUGGUUUCCGCAAGAAGCCUCCAUCAGUUCGUUCUCCUCCCCCGUUCCUCCUCCUUCUACUUUCCCCUUAGCUGUCCCGCCACCAGCACCACCUCUUGAUCCCAAACUAACAAAGGGUGCAACAAUAUACCCACAGUAUUCUUUUAAGAAACGUAACCAGGAAGAUUCUUGCUACUGUCCAGUGAAGCAGCCACUCAACAAGCAAGACCCGUCGAGACCUGUGAUGCCUUUAGUAACUACCAAAGCAUUGCAAAUGGUGCAGCUGAGGUCCGUGAAAAAAGCGACAGAAGGUGAGCCAUCACCUGAAUCUGCUUCUGAAACCACCUCUCAGGAAAAGGGUACUGUAAAUUCAUCAUCACAGUCUUCCCUAAAGCCAUCUCUCUCACUAAGACUCAGUAACAGCUUAGGCGAAGAGGAAAUGAAAACUCAAGGCACUUCAUUUAAAAACUCAGUUCAAACACUGGCUCGGGGUUCUCCUCUCAUUCUCUCUGAUAACGUACCUGUGCUUGACAGUGAUCGAAAGCCUGCAAGUGCAGUGGGUCUAAACAAGUCUUUUGAAGCUGAUUCACUGGGGACAGCUGCUGAAGACACGCCUGAGUCUUCGGUGCAGAGCGAAGAGCUCCAUUCUGGCGUGUCGCUUCAGGGGUCACCAGCAUCUCCCGACAAGACUCAGGUUAUACUGCCAAGCAAGAAACCACCUCCUAUUUCAAAGAAACCCAAACUGUUCCUUGUUGUACCACCUCCACAGUUAGAUUUUACAGUGGAGAAAAUAGCUGAAGUGAGUGAUGUUGUCAGAAGCACAUCAAGCCCAACUAAGGGAGACGCUGUGCUUGCACACUGCGAGGAGGCGAGAAAUUGUCUUACAGAUGGACUCAUUUCUAGCGAGAUGGACUCUGGCAGCCUGGUUCCUGAGGGAGGAGCUGCCGGAUUCACCUUCUCUGAGACAGCGGGAGCUAAUGCCUUUGUGGUGCAGCCUUCUGCAUCACCAGUUCAAGAAGAACCCAGGCAGGAGGAGCAGUCCGCUUUUGAUGAAGGAAGCAGUUCAGGCAGCAGCCAAGACAGCGGCAGCAACGCUGACGGGCACCUGUCUCAAGAGAACGAAAGUGCAGAGGUAUUUGAAUCAGAUACAGCAAAUAGUUCAUUCCUGCCGAGCAAUAGUUAUGGGGAAGAGACGGACGGAGUGGCAACACCAGCAAGACCAAGGACUACUGAGGAUCUUUUUGCAGCCAUUCACAGAUCCAAAAGGAAAGUCCUUGGCCGUAAAGAUUCUGAAGACGACCGUACCCGCAACCAUUCUCCAUCGCCCCCCGUAACUCCCACUGGUGCUUCCCCAACCUUAGCUACCCUCAAACAAGCCGGAUCAAUUCAGAGAAGCAUUCGCAAGAGCAGCACCAGCAACGACAACUUCAAAGCCCUGCUGCUGAAGAAGGGGAGCCGCUGCGACACCAGUUCCCGCAUGUCCGCGGCAGAGAUGUUGAAGAACACGGACCCGCGGUUCCACCGGACGAAGACGGAUGCCUCCCCUGACCUUUCCGACAGCCCUGCCAGCUGCUCACCCAGCAAGAGCAAACGGGCCCAGGAGGAGUGGGCCAAGAGCGAGGGCCUGAUGCCAAGGAGCAUGUCCUUCUCUGGCACUAGGUACGGCCGGUCACGAACACCCCCCUCUGCUGCCAGCAGCAAGUACAAUGUCCGCAACCGCAUCCAGAGCAGCCCCAUGACUGUCAUUAGUGAAGGAGACGGGGAAGUGGUGGAACAGUCAGAGGGCAGGGUCCGAAGGACUUUGGAAGAGCAGCAAGAGAGGCAGCUUGAUAUGUUUAACAGCGAUGAAAUGGACACGAAUGACUUUCCAUAUGCCGAGGAGGCCGGCUGCAAGGAGACCUUGGAUCCAACCCAUCUAGACUUAAUGACUCAGCCAGGUACUUCAAGGAAGUGUCUAAGCCCUUCAGCUGAAGAAAGUUAAAAGGCAGUGACAGAAGGCAUUGGAUAUUAGUCUAGAAAAUGACAGAGGACUAGAUUCCGGAAGAAAGCCCAGACCAGGACAAGUUUACUUUGCUGAGCAUUUAUUCCAUGAACUGCAUGUGUGUGUUUAAAUGCUAAAGCAAUGAUAGUUCUGCAUGGUUGUGUUGGGGAGGACUUGCUAUGAAUGAGUGGUCUGUGGCUUAAAGAAAGUUAACGGUUGAAUUUUUUGUGUAAAGCCUUAGAAGUCCUCUUGUGGGGGGGGAGUUUUCUCAGAGCCUGUAGGGGUGUGAAGUUUUUCUUUUUCUUGAGACUGCAAUUGUGCAAGCAAAAUUUAGGAAUAAGCCUGAAAAAAGAGGAAUGGGAAGGCUCCUGUGGUACAAGCUGGACAUCUGCUUCAAAAGCAUUGUAGUGGCGCAGCGCGUAGUGUGUUCAUUAAGCAGAGGGAGGCACGAUG